GCUGUUUCUGUCUUCAAACGAUACAACGACAAUAUGGCAUCGAAACUGAUCACAGAUGUGUUUCCUAUAACCAAGAAAGAAAGGCCGGUCAACAAAAAACAGCCGCAAACGAAGCUUUCGGAUCCAAUUCAGCAAGAUGCUGAAACUGCCAUUUGCAAAGAUGUAACCUCAGACCUUGCCAAAGAGCUUUUGAUGCUGAAAGAAUUUGACUUGGAUUCCGAAUUUGGGCCAUGCAUUGGAAUAACCAGACUACAAAGAUGGGAACGAGCUAAAGAAUAUGGACUUUUCCCUCCUGAGGAAGUCAAGGAAAUAAUUCUAAGACAUCCCAAUGACAUUGCAUUCACAGAGUGUGUAUGGUUUGAUGCCAAUCUUUAAAAAGAAACAAAGUGUUUGAAUGACAAGUAGACAGUGUCAUUAGAUGACUUUUACAUAUAAUAUCUUGAUGUACUGUACAACAAAACAUUCUUUUAACUUCAAAAAUUAUUUUAGGAAAAGCUGUAACAAAUUUCUCAGUAAGGGCUACAUAUCUAUACAUACUAAUACGAAAUGUUCCUGUUUUGCUAUAUUAGAGAAUAAUAACUGAGUGUUAUCUGCUGUACAUACGAAUUUUGUUCUGAAGACCACAUUAUCUAAUGUACAGUUUGUGGUGCUAGUGUGCAGAGCAAAUCACAGCAGAAAGCUUUUUUAUUUGUGUUAGUUGACAAACUUAACGUACUGUUGUGCAUGAAGGUUGGAUUUAAGACUAAAUAGAAAAUAAAAAAAAGGUGCAGGUGUUAAGUUAUGGAAUGUCUGGCCGCAGUCUUAUAAUAAUGCAGCCCUAUUAAUGAAAGAAUUACUCACACCAAACUAGUACAAGUAAGAUCAUUCUUGUCAUUAGGUUUUAUGUUUUGUAUCAGAUUGGCAUUAAUUUAAUACUAUGAAUAAAUAAUAGACUGUGUGAGAAGGACCAAGAGGACCUCAGAAAUCUGUAACUCAAAAAUAAAAGAUUUAAUCUUAAAUGA